AUGGCAGACUGUGGUCUGAAAACGCCCAAGCCUCUCGAUGUCUCAUCGCAGUCGCCGAACACAUGGGACGAUUGGCUACAGAGCUAUGAGUGGUAUGUUACAGACAUACAACUGCACAAGAAACUCCCAGAAGUCCAAGUCGCCAACUUCAUGACAGUUAUCGGUCAGGACGCGCAGAAUGUGUACAGAACGCUUUCCCUCAGCGAUGAAGAAAAGAAGCAAUUGGAAGUCGUGAAACAGAGAUUCAAGGAACACUUCACGCCAAAAGCUAAUCACGCCUAUGAAAGAUACAAGUUUAACGAACUGAAGCAGAAAGAAGGCGAGACGUUCAACGAGUUCCUUACCGCCGCACGACUCCAAGCGAAGAUAUGUCAGUUUGGCGAGCUGACAGACGAGCUACUUAGAGACCGUAUUAUCGUCGGUAUCAGGAACGACGACGUCAGAGAAAAAUUACUGAGCGAUCCGACGAUCGAUCUGCAGAAAACGGUCAACACGUGUAGGGCAAGUGAACAGGCAUCUCAACAGCUCAAAGAGAUAGCGAACAAAGAUACAAAGGUAUUGGACUCCAUUGGAAAGAAGAAAACGAAGAGUACACAAAAGAUGGACACAGAGAUGAAAGAGCAAACAAAAAAAAAACGACAGGACCAAGAAAAGCGUGUACCUUUUGUGGAAGGUUCCACAAACCUAGAGAAUGCCCCGCAUAUGGCAAAACUUGUAACAAAUGCCAUAAGAUGGGACACUUUGCAGCUGUGUGCCGAACGAGCAGAAACUUAG